GAUGAUCUCACACGAACGCCAGAGCAUUUACGGCCUGGUUUUCGUGGUCAAAUCCCUCAAUACAAUCCCAAUGAUUUCGGUUUAACGGGCAACGAGGAGUGGCAGCAUCCACGCAUGUUUCGUGAUAUGACUUAUGAAACAAAUGCCGCUGCCAUGGAAAACUUUAGGCAACCUCAACGCCGUCAGCCGUGUCCUGCUGAAAUAAAUAUCAGCAAUCUGCCCGAAGAGUGUCUGGCGGAUAUGUCCUCGCCGGGCUUUGAUCUCAGCAUGGAAUCGCAAAUGACUGGUACCAGUGAAUGUCUCGAGGAUGUAUCGCCGCCAUGUAUGAUUGAGGAUGACUCCAAGACUAGCUCCGAAAAGGAAAGCUCUAACUACAUGGAUUGUGUGUAUAAUGAGAUCUCCGGUCGCUUCAGGCGACUGAGGGAUCAUCUGUGGUGCAGCUCAGCUCAGGCUCAACAGCAAGCGGAAAAGUGUGGUGAAAAAAAUGAGCCCGAGACUACGCCCUGUGAUCAACAGAACGAUAUGCCGGCUUCUGCAUGUGAUGCUUGCCACCAAUCCGAAAAUCUGGCAGAUAAGUCAAUGCCCUCCUUUGAGCAGUCCCGCCUGGAAGAUGAGUCUAUGCCAAUGUUAUGCAGCGACAAUGAUCCUGAGGAGCAGAAGAAUUCAAGAAAACAACAGUCUAUGUCGAUGUCGAUGCCCAGCCAAGAUCUAUGGGAUAUAACACCGCCUUCAAUGGCCAACUCCACUAGAACAGAAUGCUUGGAGGAUAUCUCUAUGCCCCAAUUUGACAGGACAACACCCAGGCGAACGCAGAGAUCAAAAUCAACUAGCAGAUGUCCCGGCGAUAGAACUACCUUAACCUUUGCCCAGUCAAAGUGCAUUUCAAAGACCAGCGAAUCCUUGGGAGAUUUAACCAUGCCGUCGUUUGGUAGAGUGCUCCGCUCAUCGUCACCGAAUAGAAGUCUUUGUCAGGGAAGACGACCCAUGACCAAUGAGUGUUUGGAUGAUGUGACCAUGCCAUCAUGCGGCGAUAUAUCAGGAUGUAGAUCUGUCAGGCAAAGAUCCAUGCCUAGUUCUUUUCGUGGAGCAAUGACCAACGAAUGUCUAGAUGAUAUGACAAUGCCAUCGUUUGGAAAUUCCGGAGUAUCCAGGGGUCAAAGUAGAGCUAGGCAGCAAAGAUCCCUGACUAACGAAUGUCUAGACGAUAUGACAAUGCCCUCGUUGGGAGGCGUUUCCGAUUCAUCAAAGAGAAGGUGUUCUAGUCGACAAAACAGAUCCAUGACGAAUGAAUGUUUGCAGGAUAUCACAAUGCCCUCGUGGCAUUCUGGAGCCUCGCGAGACAUGAGCCUUAGUCGACAGCAGAGAUCUAUGAUCAACGAAUGCCUUGACGAUAUGACUAUGCCCUCCUUCGGAGAUGUUUCUGGAGCACUUAAAGACGGGACUCUGAGUCAACAACAGAGAUCUAUGAUCAACCAGUGUCUUGACGAUAUUACAAUGCCAUCCUUUGGAGAAAAUACUACAGCAUCCAGGGGUCGAAGUAUAGGUCGGCAGCAGGGAUCUUUAACCAAGGAAUACCUAGACGAUAUGACAAUGCCCUCAUUCGAAGAAAUCUCUGGAUCUUCAAGGGCCAAGUGUCCUGAUCGAAUGCAGAGAUCCAUGACCAACGAAUGUCUAAAUGAUAUGACGAUGCCUUCCUAUGAGGACGUAUCAGGGUGCAAGGGUCCUGCUAGACAACAGAGAUCUAUGACCAACGAAUGUCUGGAUGAUAUGACAAUGCCUUCAUUCGGAGAAGUUUCCGGAUCAUCACAGGCCAAGUGUCCUGAUAGAAAGCAGAGAUCCAUGGCCUACAAAAGUAGAGUUGCUCGAACAUCUAGAGGCAAGAGUCCUUGUAUAAAGCAAAGAUCUAUGACAAACGAAUGUCUGGAGGACAUGACAAUGCCUUCCUAUAAGGACGUAUCGAGAGGCGAGGGUAUUUCUAGAAAACAGAGAUCUUUGACCAACGAAUGUCUUGAGGAUAUGACAAUGCCCUCUUUUGGAGAAAUCUCUGGAGUUUCUAGGGCCAAAAGUCCAUGUCGAAUGCAGAGAUCCCUCACCAAUGAAUGUCUAGAUGAUAUGACGAUGCCUUCCUAUAAGGAAGUAUCAAGAUGCAACGGAACAGCUAGACAGCAGAGAUCUAUGACCAACGAAUGCCUAGAUGACAUGACAAUGCCCUCCUUCGCAUCAUGUAGAGAUAGGAGUCUUAGUCGACAGCAAAGAUCCAUGAUCGACGAACGUCUAGACGAUAUGACAAUGCCCUCAUUCCAAGACGUCUCUGGAUCACUAAGGGCCAAGUGUCCUGACCGAAUGCAGAGAUCUAUGACCAAUGAAUGCCUAGAUGACAUGACCAUGCCCUCGUUCGGAGAAGUUUCAGGAUCCUCAAAGGUCAAAUUUCCUGAUCAAAAGCAAAAAUCCAUGUCCAACAAAAGUAGAGUUGCCCGAUCAUCUAGGGGCAAGAGUCCUAGCCUGCAGCAAAGAUCUUUGACCAACGAAUGUCUAGAUGAUAUGACAAUGCCUUCCUAUAGGGAAGUAUCAAGAAGCAACGGAUCUGGUAGACAACAGAGAUCUAUGACUAAGGAAUGCCUAGAGGAUAUGACAAUGCCUUCCUUUGGAGAAGUCUCUGGUGUUUCAAGGGCUAAAAGUCCGUGUCGAAUGCAGAGAUCCAUGACCAACGAAUGUCUAGCGGAUAUGACAAUGCCCUCGUUCGCAUCAUCUAGAGACAGGAGUCUUAGUCGACAGCAGAGAUCUAUGAUCGACGAAUGUCUAGACGAUAUUACAAUGCCCUCGUUUGGAGAAGUUUCAGGAUCAUCAAAGGCCAAGUGUCCUGAUGGCAAGCAGAGAUCCAUGACCAACAAAAGUAGAGCUGCCCGAUCAUCUAGAGGUCCUGGUAUAAAGCGAAGAUCGAUGACCAACGAAUGUCUGGAGGAUAUGACGAUGCCUUCCUUUGCAGAAAUGUCCGGAGAAUGUAAAGAAUGGAGUCUUAGCCCACAACAAAGAUCUAUGAUCAACGAACGUCUAGAUGAUAUGACUAUGCCCUCGUUCCAAGAAAUCUCUGGAUCAUCAAGGGUUAUGUGUUCUGAUCGAAUGCAGAGAUCUAUGACCAACGAAUGCCUAGAGGAUAUGACAAUGCCCUCUUUUGGAGAAGUCUCCGGUGUUUCGAGGGCCAAAACUCCGGGUCGAAUGCAAGGAUCUAUGACCAACGAAUGUCUGGAUAAUAUGACGAUGCCUUCCUAUGAGGACGUAUCAAGGAGCAAGGGUCCUGCAAGACAACAGAGAUCUAUGACCAACGAAUGUCUGGAUGAUAUGACGAUGCCCUCUUUCAAAGAAGUCUCUGGAGCAUCAAGGGCCUCGUGUCCUGAUCGAAUAACAAGAUCCAUGACCAACGAAUGUCUGGAUGAUAUGACAAUGCCCUCAUUCGGAGAAGUUUCCGGAUCAUCACAGGCCAAGUGUCCUGAUAGAAAGCAGAGAUCUAUGACCAACAAAAGUAGAGUUUCCCGAUCAUCUAGAGGAAAAAGUCCUGGUUUACAGCUAAGAUCUUUGACCAAUGAAUGUCUAGAUGAUAUGACAAUGCCUUCCUAUAGGGAAGUAUCAAGAAGCAACGCAUCUGCUAGACAACAGAGAUCUAUGACCAACGAAUGCCUAGAGGAUAUGACAAUGCCUUCUUUUGGAGAAGUCUCUGGUGUUUCUAGGGCCAAUAGUCCGUGUCGAAUGCAGAGAUCUAUGACCAACGAAUGUCUAGCGAAUAUGACAAUGCCCUCGUUCGCAUCAUCUAGAGACAGAAGCCUUAGUCGACAGCAGAGAUCUAUGAUCGACGAAUGUCUAGACGAUAUUACAAUGCCCUCGUUGGGAGAAGUUUCUAAAGUUUGUAGGGGCAAAAGUCCAGGUCGUAUACAGAGAUCUAUGACCACCGAACGUCUUGACGAUAUGACAAUGCCCUCGUUUGGAGGAGUCUCUGGAUCUGCAAGAGGCAAGAGUUUUAGUCGACGUCAAGGAUCUAUGAACAAUGAGUGUCUGGAGGACAUAACAAUGCCGUCGUAUGAUGACUUUUCGAAAGGCAAAAGUCCUCGUCGAAUGCAAAGUUCUAUGACCAGCGAACGUCUACAAGAUGUGACAAUGCCAUCUUCGGUUGGUGGGGUAUUAAAUAGGUCGAGCUUGCGUGGAUGUAGAACCUCCAGGAGACAGCAAAAUAUCAGUGACAUAACAGCACCUACUUUUGGUAGUUCAGGUUGUAGAGGAACAGUCUCCGGGGAUGAAUUUCUAGAAAAUGUAACCAUGCCAUCUUUUGGCAGUACAGGUCGUUAUGAGUGUCCUCAUGACAUAUACAUGCCUUUCUCCUCGAGAGAGGGAGCUAUGACCAAUGAAUGCUUGGAGGAGAUGACCAUGCCGUCGUAUGCUGAAGUCUCCGGGUCUGCGCCAUCGCGGGGUUGUAGCUUCCGGCAACAGCAAAUGUCGAUGACGAAUGAACGCCUGGAGGACAUGACUAUGCCGUCGUUUGGCGGAUUCGCCGGAUCAUCGGGACGAGGCCGUAGCUGUGAGGAGGGAAUGGGCGUGCCCUCGAGCCUCCGGCAGCGGCGACCUUAUUCCAACCCAUCGUCCAUGUUGUGUGUGUCGGAUAGAGAGGGGGAACGACUUCGACCCCGUUUAUCAGCACCUGCUGCAAGCAUUAGAGAUUGCCUCCAGGGGGCAAAUACUUCCGGUGCGACAAGCCGACGUAGCCCCAGGAUGACGGACGAGUGGUGCCUGGAGGAUGUGUCUAUGCCGCAGGAGAUACAGAUGUCCUACAACGCAUCCCAGAUGCCCUACCAAAGACGUGGGCCAGACAUAUCCUUCCCCACGCAGCAGUUGGCUGACGAGAGUGUUCCUGCCUCGUUCCAGGACCAAACUUCGGGCUUCGGCAAUAUCUCUAGGUGUCCGGGUAUAGAUGAGAGUGGUGGUCGCCUGGAGGAUGUUACUAUGCCCUCUUUUCAGGACGAAUCGUCCUAUAAUCCCUGUCAGAUGACGAUGCCCAGCGAAAGGCUGGAGGACAUAUCGGAUCCCUAUCGCUCGCAAAAUCACUAUGAUGAGAGUCAGUCGGGGGAAUUUAUCGAAUGCUCAGCACAGCCCAUGAGCUCCACGAGAAGAGAGAAACCCAAGGCCAAGUCCACUUGUCGCAAGGCGGAAAAGUCGCGGACCAAAUCGAAGUCUACGCCCAGGAAGCCAACCACCGCUGAGAACUGUGCUCCAUCGACAACAAAGGAUUCAUGCCGCGAAGCUUCUCCCCAAGUGACGCAGGUCACAAUAACCAAGUCCACCUCUGCAGUGACCCGAACUUAUCACAAUCCCGACCAUAGCUACGGACAUGGCAUGAUCGAUGACAUGACAAUGCCCACUUUUAGUCCCUCCUUCAAUUCAACGCAACAAACUGAUCCGAAUGAUCCAUCCUUCCACGGCUUUAGCUCCAUGGAGAACUAUGCGCCCUUCGAUGAACUCGUCCGUUCCCAAGACGAAAGCCCAAUUUGUAAUGAAAGUCUGCCGCCAAGCCCGGAAAAGGUGAGAGGAGCACGGCAGAAGGAUCGCAGCAAUCGGAGCAAUCGUGGUGGUGGUGCUGCUGCCACUUCAAGGCAGUCCUGCGAUCAGUACGGAAAGCAGCAAAACAGCAAACGAAAGCGCUAAGUUUGGGUUCCCCUCUUUUUAUUUUCAGCCUGGUGGAAUUUUCUAAAUUUUUUAUUAUUUUUACGGUGAGAAAAUCACCCAAUGACAUUAAUAUUUUUUAAAUAAAUU